AUGCCUGCCGACCGUGACUCACGUACCCCCUCGGGCUCCCCGCGCCCCGCCCGUCGCCCAGUAUCCCCCACUGUCAAUGACAGUGGAGAUCGGUCGACGCUCCAAGCGCUCCUCGCGCCUGAGCAGUACGGACGCAACAUGCGCCGCCGCGGGACGACAGCCGCCGCUCAGCCUAACCCACCUGCCACGGCACCCCCUGCACCGGAUGAUGAAGCUGGUGCACCUUCCCAGUCCCCAAGCAUCAAGCAAGAGCCAGUGUCACCUGGAUCGAGUCAACCAGGGUCGUUCAACGAGGGCACUCCAGACUUCGAGGCAGGCGCCCACUUCGCCGCUCACUAUCCGCGUGCGCGAUCACCAGAACCCACACUGCGCGAUAUCAUGGCAGAAAUCAAGUCGAUGAAGAGGGACCUGCGUAAGGUCAAGCGACGUAGCGUCGGCGCCAAGAGCUUUAGGGUGAUUAUGUCGGCCAUUGCAGGCCUAGAGAACGACAUCGACUCCGAGCUCGGCCGUGUCGACGACAUCUUCACCGCCGGAGAGCAGGGGCAGUCCGUGGCUACGCGCCUGAAGAAGCUCGGCAGCAAUAACCGCCGUAAGAGGCAAAGUCGUAAACGCCGUCAUCAGCUGGCGGUGCUUGCGGCCGCGGAGGCCGGGAGUAGGUAG